CGGUAUGAAGGAGAUCCUGCUGAUGGGCUUCUACCAGCCCCAUGAGGCCCUCAGCCGCUUUCUGGUGUCAGCACAACAGGAGUUCAAGAUCCCCAUCAGGUAUCUCCAGGAGUACGCAGCGCUGGGCACGGGUGGUGGCAUCUAUCACUUCCGAGACCAGAUCCUGUCAGGUGGUGCCGAGGCCUUCUUUGUCCUCAACGCAGAUGUGUGCUCAGAGUUCCCCUUGCAGGAGAUGCUGGAGUUCCGGCAACAGCACGGGGAUGCAAACAGCUUCGUCAUUCUGGGUACCACAGCCAACAGGACACAGGCCCUGAAUUAUGGCUGUAUCGUGGCAAGUGCAGACACACAGGAGGUCCAGCACUAUGUGGAGAAACCCAGCACAUUUGUCAGUGAGAUUAUUAACUGUGGCAUCUACCUGUUCACACCUGACAUCUUCCAGCACAUCGGGGAGGUCUUCCAGAGAAACCAGCAGGAGCUCAUGCUCUGUCCUUACCUUGGAGAGGAGAGCUCCAACAGCUGGCAGCGUGCAGAAGUGAUCCGGCUAGAGCAGGAUGUUUUCACGGCGCUGGCUGGAAGUGGCAAACUCUUUGUUUACAAAACCAAUGGCUUCUGGAGCCAGAUCAAGUCCGCUGGCUCUGCUAUCUAUGCCAGCCGCCUUUACCUGAACCAGUACAGUAAAAGCCACCCAGAGAGGCUGGCCCAGAACAAGCCUGGAGGUCCUAUCAUCCGAGGGAACGUGUACAUCCACCCCACGGCCUCCAUUGACAGCACCGCAGUGCUGGGCCCCAAUGUCUCCAUUGGGGAGGGGGUGAUGGUGGGAGCUGGCGUGCGCGUGCGAGAGUCCAUCGUCCUGCACGGGGCCUCACUCCACGACCACACCUGUGUCCUCAACACCAUCGUGGGCUGGGACAGCACCAUCGGGCGCUGGGCCCGGGUUGAGGGAACACCCAGUGACCCCAACCCCAACGAUCCCUAUGCCAAGAUCGACAGCGAGACCCUCUUCCGGGACGGGCGCCUGACGCCAUCCAUCACAAUCCUGGGCUGCAGCGUCACCAUCCCUGCCGAGGUCGUUAUUCUCAACUCUAUCGUCCUUCCUCACAAGGAGCUGAGCCGCAGCUACAAGAACCAGAUUAUCCUGUGA